GUUCGCAAUCAGAUAGAACCGAUUUCCAGUUGGUAGUCACAAUGUAUUUGGAGCUCUUCGCACUGCUGGUGACGGCCGUCCUCGUCUGGGAUCAUCUGCGCAAUAAGCGCCACAACCAGAUGUUUGCCGCCGCCGGAUUCAAAGGACCCAAGCGUUAUCCUUUGGUGGGCAAUGCCCCCAUGCUUAUCAACGAGAAUCCCAAAACUGUUUUUGAUCUUCAGUUCCGACUGAUCAAGGAACAUGGCAAAAAUAUCCAAAUUCAAAUGAUUGGGGAACGCGGAUUCAUGACCGCCUGUCCCAAAAUGAUUGAAGCUAUCAUGAGCAGCCAGCAGACCAUCCAGAAGAACAACCUCUACGGUCUGCUGGUUAACUGGCUGGGUGAUGGUCUGCUGCUGAGCACCGGAAAGAAGUGGUUCCAUCGCCGCAAGACCAUUACGCCCGCCUUCCACUUCAAGAUCCUCGAGGAUUUCGUGGAGGUCUUCGACCAGCAGAGUGCCAUCAUGGCCCAGCAGCUGUAUAGCCGGGCGGACGGCAAGACGGUGAUCAACAUGUUCCCGGUGGCCUGCCUCUGUGCCAUGGACAUCAUCGCCGAGACGGCCAUGGGCGUGAAGAUCAAUGCCCAGCUCCAGCCCGACUUCCCCUACGUUCAGUCGGUGACGACUGCCUCCAGCAUGCUGGCGGAACGCUUCAUGAAUCCCCUCCAGCGUGUGGACGCCACCAUGAGAAUCUUUUAUCCGAAACUCUUCGCCAAGCUGAACAACGCCGUCAAGUCUAUGCACGAUUUCACCAACAAGGUGAUCACAGAACGCAGAGAUCUCCUCCAGAAGUCCAUUGCCGAAGGCAAGGAAGAAAUCUUGGUGAACGAUGUGGGUCAGAAGCGACGCAUGGCCCUGCUGGAUGUCCUCCUGCAGUCCACCAUCAAUGGCACUCCCUUGACGAACGAGGACAUUCGCGAGGAGGUGGACACCUUCAUGUUCGAGGGCCAUGACACCACCACUAGCAGCAUAGCCUUCACCUGCUAUCUGCUGGCCCGCAAUCCGGAGGCUCAGGCUCGCGUCUUCCAGGAGAUCCGGGACGUGAUUGGCGAUGACAAGUCCACGCCGGUCGACAUGAAGAUCCUGGGCGAACUCAAGUACCUGGAGAUGGUGAUUAAGGAGUCGCUGCGACUGUAUCCCUCGGUGCCGAUGAUCGGACGCCACAUCAACCAGGACACCAUGUUGGAUGGCAAGCUUAUUCCUGGCAAUUCAGAUAUCCUUAUCCUCAUCUAUCACGCCCAGCGUGAUCCGGAACUCUUCCCAGAACCACUGAAAUUCAAACCGGAGCGUUUUAGUUUCGAGAACAAGGGCGAGAUCAAUCCCUUCGCCUACACACCCUUCUCGGCGGGCGCGAGGAACUGCAUCGGUCAGAAGUUCGCCAUGCUGGAGAUGAAGAGCACCAUCAGCAAGCUGAUCCGGCACUUUGAAUUCCUGCCCCUGGGCGAGGAGGUCAAGCCGGUUCUGAACGUUAUCCUGCGCUCCACUACUGGCAUUAAUGUGGGCAUCAAGCCGCGGGUCUAUUAAGAGUAUUAUUUAUGGGAAAUGGGUAGUUUUUAGUUAAAAAAUUCUGUAAAUAUUCCAAUAAAAAAUCAAAAAGAUAACUGA